AUGUCGUCACCAGUGAUCGUCAGAGAUGGUGGCAGCCACAGCUUGAAUAGAGAGAUCGACGCCAACAGCAGGUCUGGCAAUAAUAGCGAAUCUGACACUGGUAGUAACGAGGCAGUGGAUAGAAGCAAAGAAGCACAAUCGGAUCCCACGACCAAGCUGAAAUGGUAUCAGAGGUUGAACCCGAUCAGACUUCAAAAACCGCCGCCUGUACCAUCGGAGCGUGCUAUCUCGAAGGAACAUGGAGCGAGUUUGCUCAAUGUGAUAACUUUCCAAUGGAUGCAUUCGUUGAUGUUGACGGGUUAUCUCCGACCGCUUCAACUCGAAGAUAUCUGGCUGGUGAACCCGGAUAGGUCUGUCGAAGGUCUUGCCGCGAGACUUGAUGCCUCUUUUCAAAGGAGGAUCAAGCGUGGAGAUAAGUACCCUCUCCUAGGGGCUGGGUACGAGACGUUCAAAGUUGAAAUAUGGAUCGGUGCUUGUUGCCAGAUGGUAGCAUGUGUUCUCCAGGUUCUCACGCCAUAUACCACCAAAUAUUUGAUUGCCUUUGCGACUGAGGCCUACAUUGCCAAACAUCGACAUUUGCCGGGUCCUCACAUCCAGAAUGGAAUCGGAAUUGCUAUUGGUAUCACAUGUAUGCAGAUUAUUCAAAGCAUAACAACGAGUCAAUUCUUCUUCCGAGGAAUGAUGGUCGGCGGACAGAGUCGAGCAGCCCUUGUCAGCUUGAUAUUCUCCAAAGCAACGAGGCUUUCGGGGCGAGCUAGAGCCGGCGGGAAGGCCAUUGGGCCUGCUGGAAGUGAGCCGAGUGCUGUAGAGGGGACAGCUGAGCUCCGAAAGACACACGACAAUAUCCUGAAAUCGAUAUUUAGCAAGAAGAAGACUGUUGGACCUAGCAAUGCCAAUAACGGUGUGAUGGGCGAUGGAACUGGAUGGAGCAACGGCCGCAUUAUCACAUUAAUGAGCGUUGACACCGAUCGUAUCGACAAAGCCCUUGGCCUCUUUCACUUGCUAUGGACGUCUCCCAUCAUCAUUAUCCUCGCCCUCAUCCUUCUCGUGGUGAAUAUCGGAUAUAGUGCGCUCUCAGGGUAUGCACUGCUACUUGCAGGAAUUCCCCUACUUACACAUGCCAUCAAAUCAUUAAUUAGACGACGAAAGAAGAUCAACAAGAUCACCGAUCAGCGAGUAUCACUUACUCAAGAAAUCUUGCAAGCUGUAAGGUUUGUCAAAUUCUUCGGUUGGGAGCAGAGUUUCUUGAAGCGGCUGAACGAACUUCGGAAGAGAGAAGUACGCGCAAUCCAGGUUGUGCUUGCGAUCCGUAAUGUCCUCCUUUGUAUCGCAUUGUCGCUUCCGGUUUUUGCGUCUAUGCUGUCGUUCAUUACAUUCUCUCUCACCAAACACCCCCUUAACCCGGCACCGAUUUUCUCCUCCCUCGCUCUAUUCAAUACCCUUCGAUUGCCGCUGAAUAUGUUACCACUGGUUCUUGGCCAGGUAACCGAUGCGUGGACCGCGCUAAAUCGAAUUCAGGAGUUCCUCCUUGCCGAAGAGCAGAGAGAUGAUAUCAAGCAGGAUCAAUCCUUGGACAAUGCACUUGAAAUCAGUGGUGCCUCAUUCACUUGGGAACGGCUUCCUACGAAUGCAGAAGAUUCUCCUAAAAAGAAAGGCGCUGGAGCUGAACGCAAAGGAAAAGGGAAAACCCACAAAGAUAUAGAGAAAUGGGACCCUGUCGAUUCUGGCCUCCAGAGUCCCGCAGAACCUUUCCAGCUUACUGACCUAUCAUUCACUGCUGGCCGCAACGAGCUUGUGGCUGUUAUCGGCACAGUAGGCUGUGGUAAAAGUUCUCUACUGGCCGCCCUUGCUGGAGAUAUGCGAAUGACUGGUGGCCAUGCAGCUAUGGGAGCUUCUCGUGCAUUCUGUCCUCAGUACGCAUGGAUUCAGAAUGCAACCGUGAAGGAAAAUAUCUUGUUUGGCAAAGAGUACGACGAGGCAUGGUAUAACGAAGUUAUAGAUGCCUGUGCUUUGCGAGCAGACCUUAAAAUGCUUCCCAACGGAGACCAAACGGAGAUUGGAGAACGAGGCAUAACAAUUUCCGGAGGACAAAAACAACGACUGAACAUUGCUCGUGCAAUAUAUUUCAACAGCUCUUUAGUUCUCCUGGACGAUCCCCUAUCUGCUGUCGAUGCGCAUGUAGGUCGUCAUAUUAUGGAUAAUGCCAUAUGUGGUCUCUUAAAGGACAAGUGCCGCAUCCUCGCUACCCACCAGCUGCAUGUCCUGAGCCGUUGUGAUCGAAUCAUUCUGAUGGACAAUGGCCGCAUUGAGGCGAUAGACACGUUUGAUAAUCUAAUGCACCACAAUGAGAGCUUCCAAAAACUGAUGUCCUCGACGAUACAGGAAGAGGAAGACGAGGAGGUUGCAGGCAAGAGCAAGGAGAGCUCUGAAGGGGCUCAAAAUGCAGAAGAUAAAGCUGAAACGCCGUUGAAGGCGCCCGGCGGUGGCCUGAUGCAAAAGGAAGAGAGAGCGGUAAAUUCCGUUAGCUGGGGAGUUUGGGGAGCCUAUAUUGCUAACUUUGGCUGGCCCAUUAAUCUCCCUAUAAUCGUCCUGGGAUUGUUGCUCGCAAAUGGAGGUACAAUUAUCAAUGCCCUAUGGCUAUCCUAUUGGGUAUCCAGGAAGUUCGACCUUUCCACAGCAGCAUAUAUCGGAAUCUAUGUCGCCUUGGGUGCUGCACAGGCUCUCUUCUUGUUCAUUUUUUCAACCACGUUGACCAUAAGUGGAACAAACGCAAGCAAAGCAAUGCUCUCUCGAGCUAUCCAUAAAGUGUUGCGAGCUCCGAUGUCUUUCUUUGACACCACUCCCUUGGGUCGAAUGACAAACAGGUUUUCGAAAGAUAUCCAUACGAUGGACAAUGAUUUAACAGACGCAAUGCGCACGUUUUAUUUGACGUUUGGCCUGAUUCUUGCUGUGAUCGCACUGAUAAUCGUAUACUUCCACUAUUUCGCCGUUGCUCUUAUUCCGUUGUUAAUUAUAUUCCUUUUCGCAUCCAAUUUUUACCGAGCAUCUGCGAGAGAACUCAAACGUCAUGAGGCCGUCCUUCGGUCUGAAGUCUUCUCUCAGUUUACAGAAGCCAUAUCGGGGACAGCAUCUAUAAGAGCGUAUGGUCUUCAAGAUUAUUUCACGCGUCGACUUCAAAAGGCUGUCGACAACAUGGACAGUGCAUAUUUCCUAACCUUUUCCAACCAGCGAUGGCUAACCAUUCGGCUGGAUGCCGUUGGAUGGUUAAUGGUUUUAGUCACAAGUAUAUUGGUUGUCACGUCAAGAUUCGACGUAGAUCCAAGUAUAUCCGGCCUAGUUCUCUCAUUCAUCCUUUCGAUUUCCCAAUUACUACAAUUCACCGUUCGUCAGCUUGCUGAAGUGGAAAAUAGCAUGAACGCAACAGAAAGAAUACAUUAUUAUGGAACGCAACUAGAGGAAGAGGCGCCACUGCAUUUGCGGGAGAUGGAUGAAAAUUGGCCCCAAUCGGGACAAAUAUCCUUUUCAAAUGUUGAAAUGAGAUAUCGCAAUGGCCUUCCGCUCGUUCUUCGAGGGCUUGAUUUGGAUAUCAAGGGAGGAGAACGAAUUGGAAUUGUAGGACGAACUGGAGCCGGGAAAUCCAGUAUCAUGUCAGCCCUUUUCCGAUUGACCGAACUUUCAAGAGGAUCCAUUAAGAUUGAUGACAUUGAUAUUUCCACCGUUGGGCUGCAUGAUCUUCGUAGCCGGCUGGCCAUCAUCCCACAGGAUCCAGCCCUUUUCCGUGGGACUGUACGAUCCAACUUGGAUCCUUUCAAUGAACACACUGACCUCGAACUUUGGUCUGCGUUGCGGCAGUCUCAUCUUGUUGGCGAAGACAAGGAGAGCCACAGUGACAUCGAUCACGCCGACGAAAAGGACACAGAGCUACCAACAAGUGACCCCCAGCAGCAGCAGCAAAAAAUUCACCUGGAUACAGCAGUAGAGGAAGAAGGAUUAAAUUUCUCUCUCGGCCAAAGACAGUUAAUGGCCCUUGCCAGAGCGUUGGUUCGUGGUUCGCGCAUCAUCGUGUGUGACGAGGCUACCUCUUCGGUCGAUUUUGAAACGGACCAGAAGAUCCAAGAGACAAUGGCAGUGGGAUUCAAGGGCAAGACACUCCUUUGUAUCGCACAUCGACUACGCACGAUUAUCAACUAUGAUCGAAUAUGUGUAAUGGACCAGGGAUGUAUAGCUGAAAUGGAUACCCCGUUAGCCUUGUGGGAACAAAACGGAAUAUUCAGGGGGAUGUGUGAACGAAGCGGCAUUGUUAGAAGCGAUUUAGUCGCGUAG